GUUACGUUGUGGCGGCGCUGGAGUAUGUGAAUGGAGCAGCUGGAGCAAGUGAAUAGACAAAUAGGAGCAGUAGGGAGAAGCGCGCCGCAAGCCACACUGUAUCCCAAGCUGCCCCGCUACAGCCUGCAAUGCUCAGCAUCUCCUCUCAGCUCUUCCCCAGCACGGUAGACAACAUGGCUGACAGGCAGUGCAGUGUCCUCUCCCCCUGGAACACCAGCGCCCCUGAGAAAAAGGAUUUCGAAGCAGUGGAGGCCCUCAUGUUCAUGAGCAGGAACUCCGAGCCCAGGCAUUACACCGAUCUGAGACCAAUGACUCCGACAUCCGAUCUGUCGGAGAGUGAGGACAGCAUGCUACCAAGCGCACACGAUUUCACUAGCAUCCCGGCCUUUUGCCUGACACCACCAUACAGCCCUUCAGAAUGCGAGAUGGCCCACUCGCCUGGCUUGCAUCGUUUAUCACCAGCACCAAUCACUCCUGGUUCACAAACUAGUGCUGUGCUGAAGUCCGUGGAUGUUAAAUACCCUGAAAUGCAGCAGAAAGCCCACGUGACAAGUGUAAUUCGUCACACAGCCGAUGCGCUGCACUUUAAGCAGCAUCCAGCCAUGCCAAAUAAAUGCAGUGAUGAUCCUGGAAACAAAUUUGUUCCGCACAGAGAAGAAUCCUGGAAGAAAAAUGUCCCUAGUGCAGUGGUGCAGCCAAUGCCAAUUUCAAGCACAGAACAAAUCAAAACUGAAAUGCAAAGGGUGCAUUCAUUCCAACCAGCCUUAAACAGUGGCUAUACAACAGCAAUAGCUUGCAAUCCCCAAACCUCGUCUCUGGAUACCUGUCCACCAGUACCAGCGCAGAAUACUCCACUGCUAGUAUCCACCUCAGUACCAGCAAAUUGUGUACCACAGAUGCCAGUCCUGUGCCAAAUGGUGCCAUUUGCUCAAAGCAAACCCGUAGUGACAACCAUGAUUGCAAAUUCUCCACCUUCCCAGUCCCCUGCAGUAAUGCAACCUCUGUUUUAUAUGGGAGGUCAAGUUCCCAAAGGAACUGUUAUGUUUGUAAUGCCGCAGCCUGUUUUGCAGAACACAAAAACUCUCCUUCCCAGUGGCACCAAACUCUCGCUGAUCGCACCUGCGCCUGGAAUACCAUCUUCUGAAACAAAGGCCCCCAUGAACACUGACACUUCGCGAAUCAGAAGUCAUGUCUGCACUCAGCCUGGGUGUGGGAAGACCUACUUCAAGAGCUCCCACUUGAAGGCGCAUAUGAGAACUCACACAGGCGAAAAACCCUUCAGCUGCAGUUGGGAAGGCUGUGAAAGGAAAUUUGCCCGCUCUGAUGAACUCUCUCGUCAUCGCAGAACGCACACCGGAGAGAAGAAAUUUGCCUGUCCUAAGUGUGACAGACGUUUCAUGCGCAGUGACCAUCUGACCAAGCAUGCGCGGCGUCACCUCUCAACCAAAAAGCUCCCCACUUGGCAGAUGGAAGUAAGCAGGCUGAGCGAUAUGGCCGUUCCGCAGGCCUCGACUCCUGUCCAGUGAAACAAAACGCAAAGCAAAUGGCAACUUUAUUUGCGUAUGUAGGUGGUCAGAACCUUGGUGUUCUGUCACUAAUGCUCCACAGUGGCUGAGAGUGUAGUUAUAAUUGAAUUUCCCACAAGGGAAUGCAGGCAGUGAUGAAUACAGCAGCACGUCCAUUCUGUGUUUGGCAUGGACUUGUUUGCUUAAAUGUUUAUUGCACUGAAACAAUGAGAAGAUUGCAGGGUUUGCGUAAGGAGGUUAGUUAAACAGUGCGGUAAGAUGGUCCUGAUGAUGUGUUUUGUGACUGGACGUCUCAGUGGCAGUGUUAGAUGCUGAGUCUUCCUAGUGGGUGAUAAUGGAACCCUUGGUUUUCAACGAAUGCUUAAAAGUUAGUGUGAUAUGCAAGGAAAGAGAAAUGGGGUAUGUGCAUCUUAUACUGAAAAGCAAUAUGAACAGAUAAUUUCAAGUUUUAUAUUGAAUAUGAAUAAACUCUUUACAUAGCUCAUUAUGUUAUUGUACCUUUUAGUGUUAUAAAUAAUAACAAUGCUACCUGCCUUUUAUUUGUGUUAGAUUGAUAAUUCCUCAAAGUUAAACAGGGGCUGGAAAGAGAAAUAUGUAACUGAUAACAUUCUUUUAUCAACAACAACAAAAAAAAGUUAUCUGUAUUACAGGGUUUAUUGGUUCUUUCUCAGGACUUGACACAUAUCACUUUUGAAACUAUUGUUUAUCUGUUAAAAAGAGUAAAUUUGCUUCUCUUAAGGGUUUUGUCACACGGGGAGAUCAAGAGGACUUUUCCCGAAUGGAAACAUUCAUAAAGACAUAUGCCCAUAUGUGACAUAAGCCCAGAGGUGUUUGCACAGCUUUAACGUGUCAGGUAGUGCAAGAGCUGGGUUUUCCUUUGUGAAGUUACCUAAAGUGCUGAUUCACACUAGUGAUCACUAUUGCCAAUGGAGUAUUCUUGUAAACAACCAACAUUUUGUUUGGACUGAGUUUGGGUUUCCUUGUAGCUUAUUCCACUAGCUUGAUGGGUGGGGACAGGAAUUUUAAACAUUUCUAAGUACUUCCUGCAGAGUGGUCUAGUGAACAUAUGCCUUGCAGUCUCUUAUCCUUCAAGGCAGAUGCCAUAUGAAGCAGAUUGCCUGAAUGACAGAAAAGUUGUAGCUGGCUGCAGCUGACUGUUCCAUUUGUAGGUGGUCUUCUGAAUUACUAGCCAUGAGAGGUGAUCCUGAUUGCCAGUGUGAAUAAGUACUUUGUUUACUGGAGAAAGCCCAGUAUGUUCAAAAACAACAAAAAAAUAAAUGUAUAUUGUCAUUCCAUGCAUGAGCCUAAUAUGUUUUUAAUAUGCACUUAUGCCUCAAUUUGCAAUCUGUAAUUUCAAUAGAAAAAAAAAAGUGGUUCUGUAAAGUGACAGGCAACGCAGUUUUCUUCUGUCCCAUUCUCUGCCUGAUUACUGCUGAGUUCUGUUCAUUUAGAAGCACGAAACAAUUGCAGCACUUGUGCACAUUGUGUGAUAUACUGUGCCAGGCAUUGUCAUAGAAUGUAACGUAGCAAAACAAGGGUUUGUGCGAUCGCAGAUAUUCACCAGACUUCAAUAUCGCUGUCUUCUUAUUGGUAAUGAGGCACAGUGAAUAUUAGCUGAUCUUGAUAAAUUCAGUGCUGGGUACUUGGUUCCAAAAAGAAAAUUAUUUUUGGAGGUUCUACCUGCACAGUAUACCCAGACUGGAGCUAUGUGUGGCAAUAAUAUAAAUAUAUAUUCUGCAGUCAUAUGUAUAUCAUUUCUUUUCCUGUGAAUGAAUGAACCCAUUUCAUUUUGAGCACAUCAGUUUAUUUUAUUUGUCAGCUUUAAUUGCAUUCAUCGUUGUGGUGAAUGUGAGCACAUUGGCUACAUUUAAUGUUGACCAUUAAUGUACAUGAAGAGGCAUUUUUGUGACUACUUUGUAUAUGUAUUUGCACAGUAUUUCUUUUGUUGUCGUUUAUACCUGUUCAAAAAUAAACUUUUUUUUUUAUCACUUUA